GCAGUUUGGGGAAUUGGAUCAGGCCGGGCGACUUCCAGGAAGGCCUUCGGUCCACUGGGCUAGCUUUCCGACGACGGACGCGGGCCUCCCAUUGACGACCCCUCGAUGUCACCGCCGACCGAGCACGAUGAUGCCGUCGGCGUCCCGCCCCGCCGGCCGAAUAAUCUGGGGAACCUCCAAUCUCGCCCGCCGGCCACGGUAGAAUAGAGGAGGUCGGCCUGACUGGGUCCACAGGAAAUGGAGGACGAGGAGAGCGGGGUGCGGCGGUGGCUUGUCGACAUCAGGAGCUGGCGCCCGUCCCCCGCCCAGUUCCACGCAGCGGCCGCCGGCUUGCCGCCGCACGAGCGGCCCGCCGUUGCCAGGUUUGUCAAAGACGAUGACAGGAAACGGGCGCUCGUCAGUCGCCUUCUGCAGUACUCCCUUGUGCACCAUGUUCUCGGCAUUCCAUUUGAUCAGAUAAACAUAUGCCGCACAAUAGAAGGGAAACCGUACCUGAACAAAAAUGCAACCUUCCCAAACUUCAACUUCAGCACCUCGCAUCAGGGAGACUACGUCGGCAUAGCAUCUGAGCCGCUUUGCCUUGUUGGCCUGGACAUUGUAUCCAUCUCCAAGCCCCAGGGAGAAACUGUCACCGAGUUCAUCAGCAGCUUCACUUCGUACCUUACAGACCAUGAGUGGGGCUGCAUUGUUCGCUCUGACACCCACACUGAAGUGCUAACAGAGUUCUACAGGUAUUGGUGCCUUAAAGAAGCAUUUGUUAAAGCCACAGGCGCUGGUGUUGGAUUUGGUUUGCACCGAUUAGAAUUCCACCAUGAACACUGGAGUAAUAUUUCUAUCCGGAUUGAUGGAGAAGAGUCUAGGAAAUGGAGAUUUUGGCUUUUCAAGCUUGAUGAAAUGCAUUUGGCAUCUAUAGCAAGAGGGCAUCCAGAGGAUGCUGUGAACAACUACAAGGAAACAUUGUCAAAUUUGUUCAUCAAAGAGGAACAAUUACAUGCUACACUAGAGAUUCAAGAAGAGGGUUUCAUUUUGCGGACAGUGGAACAGCUUAUACAACCACAAGGUUAACUGGCAUUCUUGAAGUCUUCAGUGGCCUGUUGCAGGAGGACCAAAUGAAGAUAUCUCUGAGAAAAUCCUCAGGAUUCUGGGUUCCUAAUAUACAACCACAUGAUAAUCAUGGAAAUGCUUCUUUUGCUUGUUCAUCAUGAAGUUCAGAAAAAAUGUAUCAGUGCUAUUGCAGGAAUGGGAGCCUAGGCCUUUGUAUUUCCAUUAAAGAAAGCGACAUUUGGAGCACAAGAUGCUUACAAUGGCUCAGCAACACCCUCUAAGCUCAUCCUGCAUUCCUCCAGCUCUGCAAUGCCAUUGGGGUUAAUAGAUACUGACUUGUUGUGCAUCGGCCAACAAGCAUAUCUCUUGUAAAUGAGAGCAAAGUUUCAAAUAGAUAAAGAUUAGCAUGAGGAGCGAUUAAGAUGAAA